AUGAAAAUGGCGAGUUCCCCUGGCUCCUCACUGUCCGGCUGCUUCAUCACCCUGGCCUGUCUGCAAAUGCUGGUGCAAGGAUCAGGGGACGCCAGCAAGUUCCACCUUGCCCCCCUAGGGGGCACAGCCGAGCUGCUCUGCCCGCUCUCUCUCUGGCCAGCUCUGGAGCCCACUGAGGUGAGAUGGCAGCGAUCUCCACCCCCCCAGCUCUCCCAGGCUGUCCACGUCUUCCGGAAUGGGAGAGACUGGGAUGAAAGUCUACUGCCCGAAUAUAAGGGGAGGACCGAGCUGGUGAGAGAUGCCCGCGAGGGAAGUAUCACUUUGAAGAUCCGAGACGUCCGGCUGGAAGACCGAGGCCAAUACUACUGUCAGGUCCAGAUCAGCAACCUGAGCCGAGAGGGCAGCGUGAGCCUGCAGGUGGCAGUUCUAGGUUCUGACCCUUACAUCCACGUGAAGGGCUACGAUGCUGGGUGGAUCCAGCUGGUGUGCAGGUCGGUGGGAUGGUACCCAAAGCCUUGGGCUGAGUGGAGAGACCCUCAAGACAGAGUGCUUCCAUCCCUGUCAGAGGCCCAUACUCUGGAAGAAGCAGGACUCUUCCGAACAGCAGUGUCCAGCAGAGUCAGGGACAGCACUCUGGGGAAUGUGUCCUGCGUCAUCCACAGCGCAGCCCUGGGUCAAGGCAAGACAGCGGUCAUGGUCAUUGCAGCUCCAUCUCUGGGGAGAGUCUCCUCCUCCACGGUGGCACUUGCCGUGGUCCUGUCUGUCCUGGCCCUUCUCCUCGUGGCAGGCACUUAUCUCAUCUGGAAGCAAAGAAGAACAAAAGAGAAGCUUCUUUAUGAACAGGCGAUGGAGGUAGAGAAUCUUCUCUCGGAUCAUGCAAAAGAAAAAGGAAGACUCCACAAAGGCCUCAAGAAACUCCGGAGUGAACUGAAGUUGAAGAGAGCUGCAGCAAACUCAGGCUGGAGAAGGGCCCGCCUGCACUUCGUGGCCGUGACCCUAGACCCGGACACAGCGCAUCCCAAACUGGUCCUGUCGGCGGACAGGAGGUGUGUGCGGCUCGGAGAGCGAAGGCAGCCGGUGGCCGACAACCCGCAGAGAUUUGACUUCGUUGUCAGCGUGCUGGGCUCCGAGCGCUUCACGGCCGGCUGCCAUUACUGGGAGGUGGGUGUGCAAGACAAGACCAAGUGGAUCCUGGGGGUGUGCAGCGAGUCGGUGAGCAGGAAGGGGAAGGUCACCGCCUCACCCUCCAACGGACACUGGCUGGUGCGGCAGAGUCAGGGCACCCAGUACGAGGCGCUCACGUCCCCGCAGACCUCCUUCCGCCUGAAAGAGCCCCCGCGGUGCAUAGGCAUCUUCUUGGACUACGAUGCCGGCGUCCUCUCCUUCUUCAACGUGACCGACAGAUCCCACCUCUUCACCUUCACGCAUGCUUUCUCGGGCCCUCUGCGUCCUUUCUUUGAGCCUUGCCUGCACGAUGGAGGGAAAAACACGGCACCUCUGGUCAUUUGUUCCGAACUCCAGACAUCAGAGGAGCCCAAAGGAAAAGGCCAUGCGAAUGGAGACGUGUCCCUUAAGGUGGACCCUUCCUUACUGCCCCCUCAAGCCGCAGAGCCCUUUCCAUUCCGGGAUGUGGUGCUGCCCUGGCCCUCUGACCUCGGACCUGCCCUGCAGGGGCUCAGGGCACCAUUCCUUUAG